AUGGCUGACAAGUCCGGUUCCAUGGUAGCCGCUGUGCCAAAUCAUUCAGCUCCAAAUCUUACCACCGCCCUGUGGGAGUCCAAUCCUACGGUUCCUGCUGAUGUGGGCGUUGUCACGAGCUCCCAGUCGCAGAUCAAAGACCUUUUUGGCUUGUUCUGCAUGGUGACCCUUAACCUUAUUGCUUUGCUGGCCAACGCCGGUGUGAUGGUGGCCAUCGCUCGAGCUCCUCACCUCAAGAGGUUUGCGUUUGUGUGUCACCUCUGUGCAGUGGACCUGCUGUGUGCCAUCCUCCUCAUGCCUUUGGGUAUCAUAUCCAGCUCACCGUUCUUUGGCACUGUAGUGUUUACUGUUUUGGAGUGUCAGGUUUACAUCUUCCUUAAUGUUUUCCUCAUCUGUCUGUCCAUUCUCACCAUCACAGCCAUCAGUGUAGAGCGUUACUUCUACAUUGUCCACCCGAUGCGUUAUGAGGUCAAGAUGACCAUUAACCUUGCUAUCGGUGUCAUGCUCUUAAUCUGGGUAAAGUCGCUCCUCUUAGCUCUGGUCACGCUGUUUGGGUGGCCGGCUUACGGACAUCAGAGCUCUAUUGCAGCAGCUCAUUGCUCUCUUCAUGCAAGUCACAGUCGCCUGAGAAGAGUAUUUGCUGUGCUCUUCAGUGUGGUUUGUUUCCUGGCUCCUGCGUUGGUUAUCUUUGCCGUUUACUGUGCUGUGUACAAGGUGGCUCGCUCUGCAGCCCUGCAGCAAGUCCCUGCGGUGCCGACCUGGGCCAACGCUAGCCCUGCCAAGGAUCGCUCAGACUCCAUCAACAGUCAGACUACCAUGAUUGCCACCACACGCACUCUGCCCCAGAGACUAUCACCAGAAAGGGCCUUCAGUGGAGGCAAAGCUGCACUUACAUUGGUUUUCAUCGUGGGCCAGUUUUUGGUGUGUUGGCUGCCCUACUUCAUCUUCCACCUGCAGAUGUCCUUGACCGGCUCCAUGCAGAGCCCUGGGGACUUAGAGGAGGCCGUCACCUGGCUGGCCUACUCCUCCUUUGCGGUUAAUCCGUUCUUCUACGGUCUGUUAAACAGACAGAUCAGAGAGGAGCUGGUGAAGUUUCGGCGUUGCUGCCUAACCCAGCCUGUGGAGUUUGGGGCAUCCAGCCAAGAGGGCUCCCUUCAGGAAAACUUCCUCCAGUUCAUCCAGAGAACCACUAGCACAGCUGAGACUCGCUCCAACUGUGCCAACGCCAGUCCCAGAAACAAUGCGGACAGAGGAGUUAAGAUUCCUGGACAAAUACCUGAGGAACAUGCUUAG